GACCGCAUCACGGACCGAGAGAUCACAUCGUCCCAAUUAACCGUUUCACUGGAUUUUACUAAGUAGUCGUUGUGUCACAUUUAGUGACGUCUCCCCGCCUCACGUGCUAGUGCAGUAAACCUUCAAGUGUCUUACGGUCGUUAGUGUAUAUUACAAACGUCAGAAGUGGAUGUACGAGGUUUUAUUACGCUGUAAAAUCGCUAAGCGUAAUUCCUCCCGAAAUCCUUACACAUCGAGGUGUCAAACUCAACGAGGAUCCUCCUCGGGAUUGAAGAGGUGCCGAAAUAUUUCGCGACAAAUUCAGUGACACGUGCGUGAUCGGUCUCGGCUGAUUGAUAAAUUUCCAUUUUUUGUUCGUUCGAGAAUUUUUUAAGCGGAGAUUGAAGUGUGACAGUGAUCGGUGCGGCAUUUAAAUAUUGUUGGAUAAAACCGGUCUUGAUAAUUUGAAGAAGUCACCCAGUGUGUAAAAGUAAUCCAAAUUCUUUCUAUACGGGACAGAUUGCUUCCGCUGCAUACGUAAUCAGGGAAAUUUAGAAAACGAGUGAUUGUGGAUUUGAAAAUAAAAAAACAAACAUUUUACGAACGUUGAGAGGUAUUAGACUUGAAAAUGUGUUAGAAUGCUGUCGUCCUUCACUUCGGCAACCCCGUUUAGCGUCCGCGAUAUCCUGAACGAAGAUCAGCAAUUUUGUGCCAUGGAUUGCUAUCCACAACAGCAACAACAGCAACCUCAACCACAACAGCAUCUCCCACAAGAUUACUACACGUAUAACAUAGUGCCGGAUAACAACUGGGAGGUAGAAAAGUACAAAGAGCAACAAGGAGUAAUUUCCGGCUACCAGAAUUACCACCCCGAAAUGAAUCACGUUCACCAACUGAGUCAAGUCAUGCCGCCGUAUCAGGAGACCUCGGUUGCCGAGGAUGGAAACGUGGUAACGUCCAGCAAAACUGAACUUCGAAAGAGUCAGUCCGGGAAAAGAUCAAAGCGAAAGCCCCGAGUGUUAUUCUCGCAGACCCAGGUAUACGAACUGGAACAACGCUUCAAGCAGCAAAGAUACCUGAGCGCUCCGGAGCGAGAGUUACUCGCCCAGACAUUGAAGCUGACGAGUACGCAGGUGAAAAUUUGGUUCCAAAACCGGCGGUACAAGAACAAGCGGGCGCGACUCGAGGACGCGGAAAAGAUGCAGGCACAGAACAUGAAGAAUCAGUCCCUGAAGAAGAUCCCGGUACCGGUACUGAUCAAGGACGGAAAACCGAACAUCCAGGACGCGUACAGCACGCCUUACUGGCCGAACCUGCGGCCUGAAAUCGGGAUGGGAAUGCAGCCGGCUGAUUUCCGCUCCGGAGACGUCAGGCUGAGCCCGGAAUUCAGGGGAAAUCAUCAACCCGACAUGCGUCUCGACACGAGCGUCAGCCCGGAGUUCCGAUCGGAUCUGAAUUCGGAACUCAGCGGACGGUCCAGCUUGAACUCCGAUGUGCACAGACACAUAAGUCCCGAGUUCAGGGCGAAUUUAACGCCGGAAGUUCGCCCGGCGAUGCAGUGCGACGGAAGAUUGGUGAAGACCGAGUGUUGCGUGAAUCUCUCCAGCGAUGGUUCGCCCUAUUCCGAUCACAAGAUCGUCGGCGUCGAGGCCAAGCCGAUGACGAACGAAAACAGAGUAGUGCCGGAAAUUUUGGGUACGGAUUACAAUUUCUCAAACUACUUGGGCCCGCCGAAUUAUCAGAUGCAGUACGUAAACUACAUGGACCAGGUUCCGAUUGAACAGAACCUUCAGAGGCUGUGGUAGUGCAAUAUCAUUUUAGGCUUCGCUGCGCCAACGCUUAACCAAAAUUAUAACCAAAAAGUAUUCACUAGGAUUAUUUAGGAAGUUUGAGUAAGCAGGCUGACGUUCAAGUAGGAUGAUAAUACUCAACGUAAAUAGGCUAGUUAACGAAUAUAUAGGACACGUUAUUGGCAGCUGUAUUUUCUAGAGUAGCUGUAGGAUAGUUUUUUGUUCUCUAUGUUUUAAGUGCCGCUCAAGAGAGCAGGGCGGAAAUUGUUUGAGUGCUUUUUGCGGAAGCAUCAAUUCAAACCUAUUCAACCUGUGUCUUCGCCAAAAACUGCAGUUGACGCAUUCUGUUAAAUUACGUUGCGAAGUUCAAAAUUUCUGUAUCGCAUUAGAAUUAUCGUUAUAACUAUUAUUAUUAGUAGUAGUAACGCCGUUCGUGUACGAUGGAAAAUUUAUUUUACAUACUUGAAUGUAGUUAAUCGUGUCAAUACUGCAAAAGUACGCGCUCGUACAACCGAUUUAAUACCGUUUAUAAUUUUUCGCAAACUUUCCAAGUUCAUCAGAAUCAGUAGACAUUAAUGUUGAGUAAGAAAAAAUUAUACCGAUAAAUUUUGAAAAUAAAAUCAAUGCCAAAUGUACAGCUAAUCGAACCGAGUGUCUUCGCAUUGUCGUUAAUAAUUCACGGUUUCAUUGUUCGAAGGUUGAUUUAAUCCCGUUGCGAAUUUGGCAAAUAAAAAAAAGAACCAAAAUAUUAAGUUUAUAAAUAGGUGAGUUCUGACAGCUUGAGCAAUCCCAGGGGCGCUUUUAGGUUAUCAGCCAAAGCACGAUGGGUCAUCUGGCAGUCAAGUGGCCCAACUAUAGCGUACAUAUAGGUGGUGCCUUUACUCUCUAUACUAUUAUAUCGCCUCGUGUCUUAGCAUGGUGCUACUGAUGCCAUUAAGGGUCCUGGGAACGUAACGAUAAAACUGUCAGGCUUAAUUUUACCCGCCAGGUAUAUCUGUUCCACGGAACAAGAUAAUAUUCUCAAGUUGGCGCUAAAUAGCAGCCCACCUCGAUUCCGAUGUCGAUGAUUCUGAAACCGCUUGGCUAUAUUUUAUUCCAAAAUUGGAAAAGCACCUGCAACACGUGUUGACCAUGAUUGAUACCAAAUGUACUUAAUGGUUAUUUU